CGCUGACAACUACACAAGUCACCGUGUUGCCAUUGAAUAGGAUGGAUUUAAACCUUCUUCAGUGUACAUGUUUUGUGGUUAACCUUACAAAACACACACGACUCAGUUGUUAAACCUUUAUGUUUUGUGUAUGAAGAAUAAUACAUUUUUCUAGUAAUAAGAAAAAUGAUAUGCAACAAGAGUGGUAUUGCGAGAAAUUUGUUGCUCUUUAACAGACGUGGACUUCUGUGCAGAAACGUUAGCAAUGACUUGAAUAUUGAAAAAUUGGAAUCCGAAACUGCCGUGGACGUUGGACCAAUGGAUGAAGAGGUUAGACUGAAGGAAGAAAAAGUUCAGAUGAGUCGCAACAAAUCUAGGUUGUAUCCAGGACAUCGUAACAUCGUUUUGGGAAAGAAUCCUUAUGAUGAACCCCACUUGUGGCAUCAUGGGACCUUGAAAUAUCUUAGAAAGACCUAUGGACGAUACGGCAGUGCCUCAGGUGUAGAUCCUGCAACAUGUUGGCCUACCAAGGAAGAAUUAAGUGAUAAAAAAGAUUAUGAAAAGGUAGCACAUCCUUUCACCAUCCCUGAAAUGGUAGCAGUUGGUAGAAAAGAACAGGCAGAGAAAGAGGAACAAAUUAGAUUAAGACAAGAAGGAAUUGUUGCAAAGAUUGCAAAAUUAGAAAACUGGAAGCAGGAAUUGUAUGACAAGAUUGCCAAGAAAGAACAAGAAGCUACACUUGCAAAGCAAAGGAAAGACAGACUGAUAGAAGAAGUGAGAAGGCACUUUGGUUAUACAGUUGAUCCAAGAGAUGAAAAGUUCAAAGAAAUGUUGGAAAAGAAAGAAAAAGAACAGAAGAAGGCUUUGAAAGAAGAGAAGAAGAAGAUGAAACAGGCGAAGAUGAUGGAGAGAUUAUUGAACAAAGGUGCUACCGAACAAGCUAAAAAGGAAGACGAGAAAGGUACAAAAAGUACUGAAGAAGUCAAGAAUGCAGAAUGAGUCAAGAAUGAAAAGUAAAACUUUUGUUAUGUAUGAGUUGUUAAGAUAAUACAUAUGUUUUUCCUCAUAAUUGCUUUCGUU